AUGGGUAUCCUGGAGGUAGCGAAAGUCAGCAAUGAAGUAGUUGGCAGUGGCUGGUUGGUAAUAGCAGUGAUAGUUGGCAGUGGUUGGUUGGAAGUGGUAGCUGGCGUUGGCUGGUUGGUGAUAAAAGAUGGCGGUGGCUGGUUGGUAAUAGUAGCAGUCGGCGAUGGCUGGUUGAUGGUAGUAGUUGGUGGUGGCUGGUUGGUAGAAGUAGCAGUUGGCAGUGGCUCGUUGGUGGUAGUAGCAGUCGGCGGUGGCUGGUUGGUGGCUGUCGCCAAUUCAUACACGGUUGAAAACGAAACGGCCUUGCUCAGCCAAGUUCUAACUGACUACGCGAUAGGAAUACGGCCAUCGAAUCAGGUCAACGUCACUUGCGGGCUGAGACUCAACAACAUCCUCAAACUGGACAUCGUUGAACAAACACUCUCUGUGAUGGCCUCACUGACUGUGAUCUGGAAAGAUGGCAGACUGUCGUGGAACCCUGGCGAAUGGAUGGGGCUUUAUGUCCUAUACCCUCGGAAUAUUGACGUUUGGAAACCAGUCAUUGUCCAUGCAAACUCAGCUGUGGGAAUUUCAGUAUUGGGUGAUGACAGUAACAAGAACAGCAUCCCCGUGGCUCUGGCAGCAACCGGUGAUUUGUAUUGGAUGGCCCCAUUGUAUUUAGUCUCGUUUUGUCAAAUUGAUGUUUCGAAGUUUCCUUUCGAUACACAAACGUGCGAUAUCGAGUUCUCCACAUGGAUGCUGGACGAGGCCGUGUUGUCUCUCCGGCACUCGAGCGAGGACAUCGUCCUUGAAGAAUACACGGAGAAUGGCGAGUUUGUCAUCGAGAGCACGACCACACUUAAAAAGGACAAGAUUCAACUGCAGUACGUAAACAUCAAGGCACUCGUGUACCGUCUGGUCCUCCGUCGCAGGAGCACGUACUACAUCGUUAAUCUGGUACUUCCCGUCAUGCUCCUUCAGGUUUUAGGAGUACUAGUGUUCAAGAUUCCGGCUAGUAGCGGAGAGAAGCUGUCCUUUUCUCUGACCAUGCUGCUGUCGCUGACCGUUCUGAUGACCAUGGUCAGUGCGAUGAUACCUACAACGUCUCUGCAGGUCUCCGUUUUCUGUAUUUACCUGCUGUGUGGGGCGGUUGCUAGCGCUCUAGAAGUCGUCAUCACCGUGGUUAUUCUCUAUCUUAACAGCCAUGGUGAAAAGCGGUUGACUCUGUUCCCCUGCUCUUCAGAGCGUUCCAGAGUAGUAUGCUCAAGGUCGACAACUCCGUCGCUUGACAUCACUUGUGUAACAGUUGGCUCACUUGAUGGUUGUGAAUUUAAAGACAAAACAAUGUUGGAAAUAAACGAUAAUUGUGUAUCGAACAAACAAAAUAACCGACAAAAUGAGUUUUCGUCUGAAGCGAGGAAAGGAAAAACGUAUGAAGAAUUGGCAAAGAAUAUUGACAAUGUAUGUUUUGUCUUAUUUUCAAUUUUUGUGUCGUCUUACUCGAUUGCUUAUCUUUUCAGCGUUGUUCUUUAGUGCUAUUUUAAGCAUUUAUUAAAUGUGUUAUGUAUAUAUGUAUUUGUUAUUAUU